AUGAAACUACCAACUUGCAUCAAGGCAACUCAAUUGGAGGACAUUGAGAGAAAAGAGAGGGCAAGAGAAGUGGUCUUGACACCGCCCCUCCCAAUUGUCAUCUCAGCCAAGCGCGUGCAAGAUGACGCCACAUUGCAGCACUCAAAACAAGAAUCUGAAAGGCGCAUUCCCCAGACCAAAGUUGACUCUGGGACUGUGAUCCUGAUCAGGAGCAGCAGCAACAAUGAUGAUGCAAUGAGCAAAGAGGUGGCGGUGGACGGUGCUGCAAUGCACACCUCUGCGCUCUACAAUGCGCUCAACAGCACCGCAAACAACACUGUGGACACUGCGCUGGACACAACACCACCACCACCCCCAAUUUGA